UCUCAACCCUGCAUGUCCCGCGGGAGCGAGAACUGGGAUGCAUCCACUACAACUCGAGAGGCGAACGAACCCGUCCAAGAACCUAUGUUGCCAACGCUCAGUGCCGCUGAUAUUGUCGUGCUUCGACAAGAGGCAGCAACACUUGACGACACGAUCGCUGCACUCGAACGUCAGCUAGGACAACUCAAGGCCCGGCGCGACGCUAUCCACACUAUGCUAUCGGACGUGAUCUACCCCAUGCACACCCUCCCCACCGAGCUCCUUUGCCACGUGUUCCAGGCGCUUGUCGCCUUGUGUCUUCCGGACGAGGUCAAUUCUGCGCUGCUCGCGGUCACGGCGGUGUGCCAGCGAUGGCGAAGCAUUGCGAUUGCGGACCCACACUUAUGGACGACGACAUGCUACAUUUUGCGCGGCGGUCCCGACCCGCUAUUCGACCACUUCCUGGCGCGCACCCAGGGGCUGCCGAUUGCGAUCGCCAUCGAGGAAACUAGACACACGUCAGAGUGCGCGCUCACGCCCGCAGUGCUCAGCUCCUGCCACCAAUGGCGAGAGGCCGAUCUGUCGGUUGCUGACCUGGAUGUACACUUCCGGAUAGAAUCCCCAGACACAGAGUUGGAUCUCCCACACCUUACCAAGCUCAGGCUCAACGUCGAUCAGCGCACCGAAUAUUAUAAUUACCAGACAUUUGCGCAUGCGCCGCGCCUGCAAGACCUGGCCAUCAGCUACCCCAACCUGAUCCGCAGUCUCGGUUUCCCGAUGCACCAGCUGCGCAAGCUCUCAGUGCUUCAUCGGGCCGCAGCACGGGACGUCCUCUCACUCCUUCCGGAACUCGUAGUGCUCGAAGAGCUCGCCGUCGCCUCCCUCCUCCGCAUCACGAAUCGGGAUCAGCAAAUGGUCGAAAUGCGCUCCCUGACCACCCUGCGUCUCCUCGGCGAAAACAGCUGCGUAAUCCUACGCUAUCUCCUCCUCCCGCGCCUCGCCUUGCUCCAUCUUGCCGAGCUCGACGACUACGACGCUGACGUGCUCGUCCGCGGCUGUCUGUCCCGCUCGGCCACCGAUAUCGCUGCGCUCUCCCUUUUCCUUGUGGACGUGCACUGCUCCGCGCUCCUCAUGCUCCUCCGCCCGCGCGUCGUCGGUGGCGCGCUCACGUGCCUUACCAUCGCGAAGCUCAAGGCGACACGCAUGGAGCAGAAAGCACUCGCGGCGCUUCUUGCGAGCGCUGACUUCCUGCCGGACCUCGCGGCGCUCACCCUCGUUGCGCCGUCGCCGGCCGUCCUCGGCGCGUUCUGGGACGGCCUCGCCCGGCGUCUGGCGAACGCGGCUCAGGGUGCCAAGCAUGCGGUGAAGCUCCGGCAGCUUGUGGUGCAGCCGGAGGGGAUGUCUACGGAUGACAUGCGCCGACUGCGCGAGUUGCAACGGCGCCUAGAAACGUAG